CAUAUCGGAGUAAACAGUAAACUUAAUCUUGAGAGAAUAUACAGAAAAUGAUCACCAGUGAUCGCAGAUCAAGCUCUCUUCCGUAUCUAGGAGAGAUGGUUCUUGUUUUACCCACAGCGCAGGAUCCUGGCCAGGAAGGUGGAGUACCUGGAGAUAUAGAAGAACAGGGUUCUCCACACCUGGAGCCGGACGAAUGCUCCCACUCUGCAGUAUAUAUUGAACCUCAAGAGGGAAUAUUUUAUAAUCUAGAUGAAUCCAGGAGCAAAGGCUCGGAUUUGUGCCGGAGCUGCAGAUUAAAACGAACCCCUGAAGGUUGGCCUGUAACCCGGAGAAAGGUUGAUAUUUGUCAAUCUCUGCUCAGCCGGAGAAGGAUUGAGGCUGGUGAUUGGUUGCUACGGGGUAGAAUACAAGGAUCUGUUCUCUUCAGACAAUACUACCCGGAGGGAGGUUGGGGAUAUAUAGUUCUCUUCUCAUUCAUCAUCGUAACCAUUCUCUCACAGGGACUCGUCUUUGGAGCAGGGAUUCUUACUAAAGCUACGAUCUGGUUGUACAGACCAUCCCAGUAUAAGGUUCUGCUCCUCUGGGUCUCACCCCUCACUGUAUCCUACCUUAUAUCUCCUCUAGUCACCAGCUUCUGUAAACAUAAAUCAUCCCGACUCUGCGCAGUUCUUGGAGGAAUAGUUCUCUCACUAGGAACUCUUUUUAAUUCAUUUGCUAGAGAAUAUCAUCAGGUUCUUAUCAGUCAUGCCAUCUUUGUUGGGGUUGGAUACUCUAUGGUGCAGUGUGCAGGACCAUCAAUGCUGGGGCAGUACUUCAAGAAGAAGAGAGGGAUGGUGGAGGCAGUGAUAAUCAUUGGGACUGGAGGAGGGAUUGGUGUAGUUCCUUGGAGUUUAAACCAGCUCCUCAUCAAGUUUGGAUGGAGGAGAUGUUUCCAGUCCUGUUCUAUCCUACUGGUCCUGGUUUCUAUUGCUGGAAUGUUCUAUCGAUCUGCCUCACUGUAUCAUCCGCAAAGAAGAGCAAUCUUGCAUCUCAAGAACCAAAAGAGGAAGAUUAAGUGUAAAAAAGGCGGAGCUCCGAAACACCAAGAAAUCAAGGAAAUCUUUUAUCUUAAUUUUCAUAAUUACAAGUCCUUCAGAGGUUUUGAGCCAAUAACAUUAGCAACAAAAGAUAGGGAAGUCCAAAAUUCUCUAAUACUUUUUCCAGCAAAAUUGUGGGUUUGUUUGUGUUUUCUAACAGCAUAGGGUUAAUAAAAUCAAAAUAUU